CCGAGGAGACCCAUGAACAUGAACCAUUAUGCCAAUAAGAAGAGCGUGGCACAGAGCAUGUUGGAUGUGGCGUUGCUAAUGGCCAAUGCCUCGCAGCUGAAGGCCGUGUUGGAGCAAGGCCCAUCUUUCUCUUUUUACACGCCACUCAUCAUUCUCAUCAGCAUCUCCCUCACCCUGCAAAUAUUAGUAGGAAUUAUGCUCAUUUUUAUCGUCAAGUGGAACCUGAAUGAUGAACGAAUGCACUAUAGGUUGAAUGUCCUGGAGAAUUUGACCACAGCCUUUGUGUUUGUCAUCGUCGUGGUCAAUGUCUUCAUCACUGCCUUCGGCGUCCAGCGACCCAACACGACUGCAUGA